AGAUUUAUUUUUUAAUCCAUAUCGCCCAGCCCUAGUUGAAAUGAAAAUCCAUCCUAAGGGAGGGAAGUGGGUUGCUUAAAAUGCAUGCUCAAAAAAAGAGGGAUUGAUUAUAAGUAGCCGUUUUCUGAAUAGUAGGUCCCUUUAUUGUUGCCAAUAGCUCCAACUCCACAAAAUGCAGCAGAUCCAAAGCAGCAAACUGGACCUUCAGUGGAUAAAACAAGGUUUUCCAGCACAUCCCACACAUUGACUGGACAGAGUUUUAAAGGAAUAUGGAUUCAAUGUUUAACAUAAUUUUCAACAGGGUAUGCACGGUUGUGGCUGGAAGCAUUAUUGAAGAAGAUCCAUGACAAUGUUUAGGUUGGUGGUAGCGGGCGAACUAAUAUUUGCGUGAAUGGCAUAGUCCAACGUUUUCCAAAAAAAAUGACCAUUCCUGCAUGUUGUACGUUUUUACCAACUUAAUCAAACCUAGAGACGCCCUGUAUAAGAAUUUUGUAGGCAAUUUCCAAUCUUUGCUUUGUUGUAAAUCUUUGACCUGCUAGGACCAAAUUUAGCGGAUUUUGAGGUUUAUUUAAGAACAAAGAAAACAAAAAGAUUGAAGAACGGCCUUCAAACUAUGUUUCCCUUUCCUUCUUGCUGUAAGUGGUCAUUAAUAUGAGCAGAGGGGGCUGUAUGAUAGAGUUUAGCAUCUUAUACUGCGAUUAGUGAGGCUAGCUUUACUUAAACGUAACCCUAGAUAAUGUAGAUGCUCACCUUAGCACUCACAUUUAAAAAUGCCACCAAAAUUUCCAAAUUCAGAAUGUUGUAUAACAAACCAACCAACUUUGCUUUACUCUCUUCCACCUUCCUGUUAUUUUCCCUUUCUUGUAGGCUAGAUGAAACACGUCUCGACAAGUUUCAGAAAACACAGUUUGCACUUAGUCUCUUACCUCUCUGUGUUGAUUCUGACUUCAAUUCCCUUUAAUACUGAAAACAGCUAACUUUACCCAUUAACAGCAUCUUCACUGAAAAUUGUGGAUGCUAUGAAAGAGCGCUACAUAUGAUGCUUUCCGUGAAAAAAAGUAUUUUGAAGAUUGAAGGAGAUUGUAUUCUUCUGUUUCCAGCCAGCCAAUCACUGGCCAGGGUCAGUCAGUUUGUUCGUGAAAGGAUUUCUUUUGUGCAUCUCUGAUUAAAACUACAAGAGAUUUUUCUGCCAUUGGAAUCAAGAUCAGAAGCAACCCUUUAGUCUGAUUGCAUAUGUGUGUCUUGGGUGAGCACGGCACCAUGGUUCUCCUUCUGUAGACGACUUUUGACAGCUGCUCAUCCCUGCUAACCAGAAAUAUACCCCGCCAGCUGCAAAAUUUAGAGAUAAUAUGACCAACUGGCCAGCUACCAUAAUCUGACUCAUGUAGCUCAUAUCAUUUUUUUUGGUCCAAAUUUUUCCAUCCUUCAUCGAUCAGCUUCAACCCCAGAAUCUCUUUUGAUUGUGUCCCCGGGUCUAAAUGGAAAUAUAAAACCUUCAGCCAGGUCUGUGGUUGGUCUACCAGUGGGAUGUGCCUGGAAAACCUCCAAAGGAGAGUAAUACAGGAGGCGCCUAAAUCAGGUGCUCAAUCUAUAUCAGAUAACUUCAAGACAUCCACUUGAUACUGAAUGUGUUCCACUCUUUGCUAAGUGCCAUAGAGAGCUCUUAUGUCGCUCUCUAUUCUUCUACUGACAUCAACGAACAAAAAACAAAUGCUUUAACUGAAUAAAGAAAUGCUUUUUAACCUAAUAGUGGAAUUUGCUUCCCUCGAGAAAACAGAUUUGAGCUUGAUGCAACUUUUAGCACGCUAGCAUCGUCCCUGCUGACCAAUGCUGCCACCCACAGAGCUGUGCUGCUACAUGGCAAAGAGGAAAUUAAAGCACUUCAUCAAGAAAAGAUCGGGGGCUGAUUAUAAUUACCAGUGGAUGCAUCAAGUGGCUUUGCAUAAACCCAGAUGCCUCCCCUCCCUCUUGACGAGCGCAUAGUGGUCAUUCAGCGCCCCAAACACGUGUGUGAGGCUUCCCCACAAACCGUCCCACAGCAUUCCUCUCAAAUAACAGCCUCUACCAAUGGACAGGUUCUCCAGCCCUCACAUCUUCACACCUCUCAUUCCCAUUUUUACUCACCCGCGUGUAAAUCUCUAAAUGUGGAAUGCAAGCGCAGGUCGUCCCGUGUGCAGAGAUUCAAGGGCGACCAGCCUGUCAUCCCAGCAGGUUUCCGCCACAUCCCGAGCCACUGCCAUAGCAAUGGCACAGUAACACUUGGCCCGCGGCUUCCCUCCCACACACAUACUAUCGAUAUCAAGGUAUCAGUAGACAAAGGGGGGCGGGGAGGUUUAAGCAACUCAUUAGGGCGCACUGGAAGUGUAAAAGGUGGCAGAAGGAAGUGUGUCUCCUCCCAGCUGGAUCAAGGGCAAUGUGAGAGGAAAACUGGAAGCUCAGGGAGGCCUUGUGGAGUGGAGCACAAGCCACAGCGGGUUCGUCAGCUGUCAUCUUCCCCUGGGGGGAUCCUCCAGUUUGUCCCUGCUCAGGCACAACAGCAUACGUUCAGAGGAGAGAAAGAAAACUCCACUUUUCAAAGCAGAAGUGACCAAGAAUUUCCCUCUUUGGGUCACAGGAAAGGUUCCAAGCUGGGAACUGUUCACCAAAGCCAUAAUAGCCACAAUCUGCCCUACACGCACCACUCUGUUCCUGUGCCCCAUGCUGCCAUCCUAAACGCCAACUGUCCGUCAUCCCCCCCGUCCCAACCCCCUCAUGUCCCAAUCUCUUUUCAACAGUUUAACCAGCCUCACCCACCUCGCACGAGGGAUCACCGCCCUCACAUUCUUCAUGGUCUUCCGCUGUCUCCUUGCUCCUCCCGUGUCGGAGGGUUCCCUAGUCCAGACCACACUUGCACCAUUGACUGUGCGCACCCAUUCACCUGUGGCUGCUGGAGGUUGGUAAGAUGCACGGGGUGUAAAGGAGACUCUUCCAGCUACCAAGGAGGUGGAGGAAGCACUUCUACCUCAUUUUCCUGUGGCCACAAUGUCAGCACAGUGAAGAGAGGAAGUAAAGACAUGGGGCUAAAGAAUCUGGGUGGUUGUCUCUCCACCGCCUCCACGUCCAACACUUCCUCAACGAACAGCACCGCCUCUGACUGUCGAGCAGCUCGGUUCAAACCUCUACCUUGUGCCUCCUGCGGUGGAGAAGCUGGAAACUUUGAGAGUCCUGCUAUCCUUCGGAAAAAGCUAGUAGGAGGAUGCCUUCCCUGUACUUCUCUGUCUUCUUCAACCCCUUUGCGGGCGAUUCAAAGCUGUGUGUCUGGUUGCAACAACAAAGCGUCCCAGACCGGCAGUUCUUCCUGCAGCUACUGCAGCAGCGACCCGAUAGUGGUGACAUUCAACCCUCGCCGCGGAAAACCCCCCGGAAGAGGCUUAGGGCCGACUCACCCAGUGGCUAUGUUACAAGCGGAUGAUGAUGACUACAGUGUACGCACCAUCUGGCCUGAGGAACUGGCCAAGAAAAUGACCCACUCUAAAGCCCAAAAGAACAACUGUGCCGGGACUGGCGUUGGGAGAACCUGUUCUAGCCAGAAUGACAGCAAUGGAGCCGGCCUUGCACUCCUGGACUGUCAGAACCUUCAGGGAUACGCACAGACUCAUCUCACAGACCAUGCCGGCCGACGGCGACUUCAGCAGGGCAAAAUGGCGGCCCUCGGUUUUGUAGGCAGCAGGUUGGGAUCCAGCUAUGACGAUGGCCGCAACUCGCUGAAGAGGCUCUUAAAUAAAGCAGAAGAUGUUGGAAUGAGCGACAGCCCUGAGCAUGACCAAGUGUAUCCACGAUGCGCCUCUCCCCGCUCCGUGUCUCCGCCAUCACCUGUGUCUUUCUCCCCUCCACCAUCGGCCCCCAGCACACUCAUCAAACCCAAACCUUGGCAGAGAGACAGGGAGGGAGGACACUCGCUGCCGUCUGCUCAGUCCCUUCACCUGGCCCUGAACUCCCUCAACAGAGAGCAAGAUGAGGAGAACAACCGAAUGAGGCUCUCUCUGCCGCUGUCCUCGUCAUUGCCAGCUUCCCUGUCCGAUGAGACUGUGAUGACUCCCGAUGCGGAGAACGCCGUCAUCAGCCCGAUCCUGCCCUUCCUGUUCCUGGGGAACGAGAGAGACGCCCAGGACCUGGACCUGCUGCUGCGCCUCAACAUUGGCUACGUGGUGAACGUGACCACACACCUGCCCCUCUACCACAUUAACUCGGGGCUCCGCUACAAAAGGCUCCCAGCCACUGACAACAGCAAGCAAAACCUCCGGCAGUACUUCGAGGAGGUUUUUGAAUUCAUCGAGGAGGCAUAUCAGAGUGGACAGGGUGUGCUGGUUCACUGCCAAGCAGGCGUGUCCCGUUCUGCCACCAUCGUCAUCGCCUACCUUAUGAAGCACACCCUCAUGACAAUGACGGACGCCUACAAAUACGUGCGGAGCCGUCGGCCCGUGGUCUCGCCCAACCUGAACUUCAUGGGUCAGCUCUUGGAGUUCGAGAGGGACCUUAACUCCGGGGUGACUCCUCGGAUCUUGAUGCCUAAACUGGAUGGUGUGGAGACGCAGGUGUGAUGGAGGUCAAGGGUCAAGAGCGUGUAGCAUUAAACGGGCAUUAAAAGGAAAGAGAGAGUGCAGCCCCUUUUUCGAACGAGCCUUGGUGGGUUUGGCAAAUAGUGCACUUUUGAUACUGUGAAACAUGAGACAGAGGACCGGAUGGUUAAUUUGUUUAAUUGUUAGACAAUUUGAUCCCCGUCCAGUAUACUGUUUAUAAGAUAACGUGCCAAUAUUUUGUACAGCUCUAACAUAAUUCAGAUAUGUUUUUUUUAAAAAUCUGAUGCCAACUCCUUUUUGUUCCGGUUUACAGUCACCUCCACGCAGAAGUAGUGACUUUAAUACCCUAAACCAUAAAUGCAUGCAGAAUGUGAAUGCGACAUGGGAAGGGUUUCUAGUUAAUCGUUCAUCUACAACAGCUCUUUGAUGUUUCCGCCACACGUAGCAGAGCAAUGCACUUUACUUCCCAAGCAUUUGGUAAGUGAAUUAUCAGAAGUUACUCAGUACCUCAGUUGCUGUUCUUAAAUAAUUCUUUUAGCUUUCAUUUGGUCCGUUUCUUUGUCGAUGUUGUUUUUUUUUUACUGUGAAAUGUGGAACGGUGUGGCAUGGACCUAGUAAGGAAAGUUUUCACAAGGAAGCACUUUUUUUCCUCCCAAUUUCACUGGUUUAGGUAAAGUCCUGCAGGAUUGCCCAGAAAGAGUUUUAAAGGUACAUUAACAUGCAAUGUUAAUAUGUACACCUAAAAAUGCAGGUUUUCCAAUGGAAUAAAUCCACUAUAAAUGCAUUUACAACACUAGGGGCAUUUUACAGAGGACAUCUGAGCAGAGGUGUGGGGUUGGCAGGAUGUUUCCUGCUGUUACAAUGUGCUUUAAACCGUCUUUAAACCGAAGUGUGCAAACUUUGUUGUUGUUUUUUUAUGCUAAAUUGUAUUAAUUUGUUUCCUACUCAAAAGAAGUAGGUUAAUAUGUAGCAUGAUGCAGACCUGCAGAGGUUUUAUGAAAUUCAGAAGAGCACAUGGAUGACAUUUAGGUUCCUGCAAACGUUUUUGGGUCUUAAAAUUACUUUUGAUCAAGAAAUAUCUGACCUGCAGCAGGUUGGAGAAGUGUUUAUAUAUGUAUAAAAUAGGAAAUCGUGUUCACCGAACAGAGCCGGACACAUUUAUUGGCACUGCUGGGAAAGAUGUUUGAAAAGCCUCGAAAUAAAUGUAUUUUUAUUGCAGUAGUAAAAUUCCACACUGAAACGUUUAGACAUGUGCAGCAUUUGCUUCACUUGAAUUUCAGCCCAUGUAUUUAAAUUGGGGUAAAUGUUAAGUAGGUUUUAACAUAAACAUUGAUGGCAGAGUUAAAGGUCCCCCUGUUGUCAGUACAACCUCCUUUUGCCCAAGAGAUAGCAUUCGCCAUUCUCCUUUAUGUUCAGUUUGGCUCUACAUUCAAAUGAAAAAUCUCCAUUUCAUUUAGAACACGCAUCCAUGCAGCGUUAACUUUGAACGCAGUUAUUGUUGUCAUCUUCUGACUACAAUGUAAAUGAGUUUUGGUCACAUUUUAGCUAUGUGUAGGUAUUAGUUGGCAAAAUCAUACUUUUUUUUAACCGACUGAAUUGAAUUCACACUCAGCCAGCUGCCAAUGAUACUCAUCAUUAGCACGGUCAUUCUAAAUGUUUUUUUUUUUUUCAUUUCGUUUUUGUCUAAUUGUUAUACAUUAAAAAAGAAACAUUGACAAAACUGAUUUUCCUCAUAGUUUUGGCCAACAAAUUAACAGCACACUACGCAACAGGAAAUAUGUCAGGUAUUGUUUUUGGGUAUGUAAACAAAUUCAGGAAGUAAGAGCUUAAAGGUGCCGAUUUAUCGUUGCCGAUGGAUGUGCAUCACAGUUUUUAGCCUUUUCUGACCAAAGCACACAGGGCCAGUUUAUGCCCAUGUAGAGAUUAGCAAACGCAACAUUUAGCAUUUCUACUGCUGCCGUUCCUCCCAAACUAACUGUUUGCAUGUAGGUGCCAUCUAAGAGCUGUUAUGGAGACCAGUCAGCUCUGGAGGAUUUAUUUAUUUUAUUUAUUUAUUUUUACUUUCCUGCUCACUGUGCAGUCACAAGAUAACCUAAUCCAGUCUUGUGUUGACUUUACCCCAUGGAAGCAGAACAUUAGGAGUCCCAAUAAACUCUGUUUAACUCAAAAAAGACAAAAUAGUUACUUUAAAAAAUGCUUCAGUGACAUUUAUGUUAAACGGAGCAUUGACUUUUAGGCAUUUGACACAUCUGGAUGAGGGGUGCCAAUAAAUGUGGCCGCCGGUGCCGUCGUUUUUGACAUUUAUCUACAGUCUUCAAGCCAUAAAUAUUGUAAUUACUUUCACACGACUAACCAUCAUCAGUCCUGAUGUUGUUAUUAUUCCUAAACUCUACAGAUUUGGCCUUACAGCCCAUACUGACCUUCUCAGCCAUGUCUCAUUACUAUGCAUUAACUCAAUAACAAGGAGCUUGGUUUGAUUAGAAGAUGUUUGUUGAUUCACUGUGAGCUCUUUUUUUUUCAUGAGUGGUUCAGAUUCAGACAUGCUUCCUGUUCAGUGAGCGAGAAUAGAAGUGGUUGCAGGUUCAACUAGCUUAGUUCAUUAAAAAGCUGAAUAAUGUUGCACUUCCAACUGAUAUUUUACAUGCAGGACCUUUUUAAAGAGUUGUAUCUGACUAGAUCUGGGGUUUUCUGUUUGCCUGGUAAGGAUUUUUUGUAUGAAGUCAUAUUUAUGGUUUUACAGCAGAAAUUAUUCUGCAAAAGGAUUCGCUUUCAUUACAGCCAGUUUUAAUGUAUGCCAUUGGAUUUUUUUUUUCCCAACAGAGCUACGCAUUGUAGCCAUGAUUGUGAAGGGAUGUGGAGUUUUCUACAGCUUUUACAGCAGAAAAUCUGAAAAGUGUGGCUCCAUUUUUUAUUUUUUUAUUUUUUGUAGAACUGCCCUUUAUGCCAGCUGCAGCCUCAAGUCUUAGUGAGAAGGUAAUGCAGUUUUACACGCUGAGAUUAAAAUUUUGCCCAUUCUUCUUCAUAAAACAGCUCAGGUUCAGUCAGUUGAAUGGACGGAGGGGUCUUUGAAGAGAGGCGUUCCGGUUUCACCAUAAACUCUAUUUGAUCUGGAUCUGGACAUUGCCGAAGGCAAAAUGAGAGCAUGGCUGAAACGGUUCCGCUGUAGCUCUAGCUGUAUUUUUAGUGUCGUUAUCCUGCUGGAAGGGGAACUUCCAUCUCAGUCUUGCGUUCGUUGCAGGUUUUCUUUCGUCACUGUCUUGUAAUCAGCUUCAUCCAACUUCCCGGCAACACGGUUCAGCUCCCCUGUCCCUGCGUCCCCACAGCAUGAUACUGCCGCCGCCAUGUUUCACAGCGGUGAUGCGUCUUCAGAGGGGAUGUGCAAAACGGCUUAAUUAACAGAUUUAGUCGCUGUGUUUCAUACAUGGCUUUUGACAACCUGCAAGCAGGAUUUCUUAUGACUUUCUACUUGCCACUUUUCAGUGAAGGCCAGAUUUGUAAAGUGUGCCACUAAUAGCUGCCCUGCCAACAGACUCUCCUGGCUACAUGAGAAGCAGAUUUCUGCAGCUCCUCCAGAUUUAUAAUAGGUCUCUUAGCUGCUUCUUAGAUUAACGUUCUCCGUGUUGUGAUAGGUUUGCAGUUCCGCCUUAUUCCUUUCAUUUCCAUAGCAUGGAUCCAAAGGCAAUUAGAGGUAUCAGAGUAAAACGGGGCUUAAUACAGACGAGGCUGACCCACUUUUCAGAUUUGAAUUAGAAAUCCAUCCCAUAAAAUCACAAUAUAUACAUUGAUGUUUAUGGCUUUGUGAGUAAACUGGAUGUAUUGAUACUUGCAAUGCAUUAUUUGCCGUCAUCAAAGGUAUGAGAUGGUCCAGACUUUCAUUGGAAAUGAAUAUAAUUAUUGAACUCCUCCUCACCAACCUUAAUGUAAUAGCUUCUGUUUUUAUUGAUGGUGUUGGAGGGCUAGGUGUGCAGCUUUUUGCCAUACUUGGUGAUUAAUUACACUAAAGAUGACUCGGAGGUCCAAAAGCUUGACAGAACAUUUGCAGAAGCUCAAAAAUGGCAAAACCAAAAUCAGAUUGUGCACGUGGCCGAUUUAGAGAGCAGAGGUGUAGAGGAAUCCUUGUUGAAUUAUCUCCGUUUUUCUUAAAUAUUCUGCUCCAGCCAUGGUUACCCUUUUCUUUUCUUCCAGGAUUGAGCUGUGAUUAGUAUAACUUCUGGCUCAAGUUGUCUAAAAACCAAAUUGCCUUUAGUCUGUGUAAAGUGAUACACAGCUGCUGUGGAGGCAGGCUGGGAAAAAAAAAUUCCUGAAUUUUGCUCGUUGGAUUUAUUUUCUGGCUGACUUUGUUAUAGUCUUUAUAUUUUUCUACAGACAAACGUCGUGAUUAUGUUGGAUAUGCACAUGUACCUGUGUAUUUUAUUUUUUAUCAUAUAUUUCUCUCUUUUUUCUUUUUUUUUAAUACAAAGGCCAACAUUGACAGAAUAACUCUCUCCAGCUCUGCCAUGACAGCUUGGACCUCGGCGAGCCAGGGUCAACAAUGCGCUCUGGUGUUUUUUUGUUUGGUUUUGGCUUCCUGCCUUUUCCUUUCAGCCGUAGAAAUGUCAGGCCAACAAGCUGACCACUCCUGCAUCUCAGCUCGCCGUGAAAGGAGAGGGGGCCCGCCCGCUCGCUCGCUCGCCGUUGCCCCCCGGAUUUUUGUAUGAACUUUAUAUGCAAAAUGGCUGCCGAAGCAAUUACUUUAAUGCUGCACUGUGUGGACUCGCUGCGCAGUGGGCUCGUAGCUGACCUCAAAGACGUUUGUACCCGAGAGACACGUUGAAGGAAAUUGUCUCUUUAAUUUCUGGGAACUGAAGGGCCUCUCUAUUUGUGUAUGUGCGUGUUAGUGUCUCUAUAUGUGUUCAGAUCUUCUGUUUGUUUGUUGCUCUUGUUAAAAAAAAAAAAAAAAAAAAAAAAACGGGGAGAGUUAUUAGUUUCUGUGCAUCUGGGAACAGUUUGGGAAGAUUUUGUAUCUUUGCAUUGUUUAUUCAUGGGAACUCCAUUAUUCCUGUUUGGAGGCUUAUUUUCUAACAUUGUGGCAUUUCCUGUACCAAAUUUGGAAUUUGAAGUUAUUAAUGAGAUGACUGAAGAAGCACCUCCCUCCUUCCUGAUAGGGGUGAGGACUCUUCAGGUACGACCGUCGUCAUAGUAACGCUGUGCUGUUUCUCCAUCCCGCCUCCCCUGGAGAGCCAGAAACUCAUGCGAUCUUCCAAGUUAUGCUCCUCUGCUGCCUCCCCCCCCUCCCUUUUCAUAAUGGACUGUUUCUCUUUAUCCAGUUGUAAUAUUUUCAUAUUGUAGCAUCUGGUCCUUGUAUUUAGACGUUUUUACCUCCGCGUACCGACUAUACUCUUCAUAAUCCUCCUGAGGUGCACUGUGACAAACGCGAUGCUGCUAUAUCAAAGAGAGUAUGUCGCUCACAGUUAGCGAGUGGCUGACUGGGCGGGUACUAGCAUAAAGCCCGGCUUAAAUUGUUUCAAUUUUAAAUCCAUGUGCUGCCUCCAGUGUUUUCCAGCUUAAAGUGCACAGUUGCAGGAUCUGAAGCUGUCCACGGUGGUCUUCCUCUACAGGCAUUAAAGAAAAGAAAGCAAAGUGUAGCUUUUAGAGCAUUUCUCGUAGCACUGUUGUGUUGCUUUUUCUGCAGCACUAGCGAUUUUGGUCAAUAUUAUGGCUAAUCAGUGAUAUAUUUAUGAUGGGACCUCCUUGCUGAGCCCAAACGUACGAUACAACUAUCUGAAUUAUGGGGACAGUUACGUUUGUUUUAAAAUAGGCAUCCAACUGCUGUUGAGUCAUUCGUGCUAAAACUGACAUUUUGAGAAAUUUGUAUGACAUGUUGCAAAGGAUAAUAAAGAUGCAGAUGUGUAUG